CCUUGCAUGUGGGCUUCAGUAGGACAGUCCAGUCUUUUGAGAUGAUUCUGAUUGGACGCUUCCUCUACGGCAUCAGUGCAGGUAUAUGUCUGAAUGUACAUAGUCAAUACUUAGGAGAAAUUUCACCCAAGAAGUACCGUGGAUUUGCAAAUACAACUGCUAUGUUGUUUUUGACACUAGGAAAAGUUUCAGGACAAAUUGUGGGAUUAAGAGAAUUAUUAGGAACCGAAUCCUUGUGGUCUGUGUUGUUGUCCAUAUGUGGAAUUGCAGCAUUUUUCCAGCUGGUCUUUUUGCCAUUCUUCCCUGAGUCUCCCUCCUACCUUUUCGUGCAAAAAGAAGACACCGAAGGCUGUUUAAAAGCCAUGAAGCAGCUUUGGGGUCAUGGGGAUUAUAAAGUGGAGAUUGACGACAUGAGGAAGGAGAAGGCAGCAAUGAAAAGCACCAAAACUAUGAGUGUCCUGGAACUGGUGAAAGAACCGUCCCUGCGCUGGCAGCUGUAUAUCCUGAUUGCCCUUAUGAUGAGUUUCCAGCUUUGUGGCUUGAAUGCAAUCUAUUUUUAUGCCUUUGAAGUGUUCCGCACGGCCAGGUUGGAUGAAGACAUUAUUCCGUAUUUCCCCAUAGGAAUUGGGAUCUGCGAACUCUUCUCUGUCAUCCUGUGUAGCUCCAUCAUCGACCGGUUUGGCAGGCGGACGCUGUUGUGGGGUGGCUAUGGGGUGAUGGCAGGGUUCCUGGCAUUCCUAGUCACAGCCCUCUCCCUGCAGAAUCAGUUCUCCUGGAUGGCCUAUUGCAGUGUGAUUCUCAUAUUCUUGUUCAUUAUCUCUUUUGGGAUUGGACCAGCUGGGGCAAGCCUGUCUAUUGUGGCAGAAAUCUUCAACCAGUCAGCCCGAUCAUCUGCCUUUGUGAUUUAUGGGACCAUUGGCUGGUCUGGCCUCAUCAUCAUCGGGAUGACAUUCCCCUUUGCUGUGGAGGCCCUGGGUCCCUUCUGCUUCCUCAUCUUCAUGGCUGGUCUUGUCUUCUCUGGGAUUUUUUUCUAUCUGUUCCUCCCAGAGACAAAGGGGAAGUCCAUCGUGGAAAUAGCAAAGGAGUUCAGUACAAUACAUUUUGGAAAGAAACUUUUACUGACUGUGGGGAAGAAACCCACUGAGGAACAUACCUUCUGCACCAAACUCUGACUGGCCAGCGGGGUCAGAUUUCAUUGAUACGAAGCAUGGUUAAGAUGGGAAGCUGAAGC